GGUGGGGCGGGACAGUUUCCGUGGCUGAGGAGCCGGCGGCGGCGAGGCAGGGUUACCACCAGUUCGGGGAAGUUUAUUCUCGGGGGGCGGCGACGGCGAGGGGGGCGGCUCCGGAAGGGGACGAGGCGAUGCUGAAGCCGGGAUGGAGCCGUGACCAGUGAUCAUAGGGAGCUGCUGGCAUGGAACCAAACUGUGUUUGUUUGUGGGAACUGUAAGCAAGAUUUGCUCAAGGCAACAGUGAAAAGAUUUCAGGUGAUCUUCAAAGAUGGCCUGUCCCCUACUCGUUAAGCAGGUUGCCAUCACAAAAGCCAAAGUGGAUUUCUCCGGUGUGGUGUGCCUGCCCCCUUCCGCCAUUGCUGGAAAUGGGCUGGACGGAGGAGGGGCUGGCGAAAAUGAUGAUGAACCAGUGUUGGUGUCGCUUUCUGCGGCGCCAAGUCCCCAGAGCGAAGCUGUUGCCAAUGAGCUGCAGGAGCUCUCCCUGCAGCCCGAGUUGACCCUGAAUCUUCACCGUGGCCGAAACCCCAAUCUCCCUCCGCUAAGUGAGAGGAAGAACGUGCUGCAGUUGAAGCUCCAGCAGCGACGGACACGGGAGGAACUGGUGAGCCAGGGGAUCAUGCCGCCUCUGAAAAGUCCAGCUGCAUUUCAUGAACAGAGAAGGAGCUUGGAGCGUGCCAGGACAGAGGACUAUCUGAAACGGAAGAUCCGGUCCCGGCCAGAGAGAUCGGAGCUGGUCAGAAUGCACAUUCUGGAAGAGACCUCAGCUGAACCCUCCCUGCAGGCCAAGCAGCUGAAGCUGAAGAGAGCCAGACUGGCAGACGACCUCAACGAGAAGAUAUCCCAGAGGCCGGGUCCCAUGGAGCUGGUGGAGAAGAACAUCCUUCCUGUGGAGUCCAGCCUGAAAGAAGCCAUCAUUGUUGGGCAGGUGAACUACCCAAAGGUUGCAGACAAUUCCUCUUUUGACGAGGACAGCAGUGAUGCCCUGUCCCCAGAGCAGCCAGCCAGCCAUGAGUCCCAGGGAUCUGUACCAUCACCGAUGGACGCCCGGAUUGGUGAGCCGCUUCCCAGCACCACUGUGUCAUCAACAGCUCAGGUUGUGUCCCAGUUACAGAUCAAUGCAGACUCCAAUGAAACACCUUUCCUACCUGAACAGCCACUCCCUCCUCUUCCACCACCACCUCUGCUGCCUCCUAGCUUCGCCAACAGAGCCGCUAUUCCUGCUGCCAAGCCCCCACCAACACUCAUUAAGCAAAGCCAGCCCAAGUCUGCCAGCGAGAAGUCUCAGCGCAGUAAAAAAGCCAAGGAAUUGAAGCCGAAAGUCAAGAAGCUCAAAUACCACCAGUACAUCCCCCCGGACCAAAAGCAGGACAAAGGGGCUCCCCCCAUGGACUCAUCCUAUGCCAAAAUACUGCAGCAGCAACAGCUCUUCUUGCAGCUCCAGAUCCUCAACCAGCAGCAGCAGCAGCACUACAACUAUCAGACCAUCCUGCCAGCCCCACCAAAGCCUCCAGGAGAGCAACAGAGUGGCACUAGUGCCCCUGCUAUGCGUAGUCUCUCUGCUACCGGCAGCAGCGCAUCUUCUGUAUCCUCUAGUUCUAGUGGGCUGAUGCGACAAAACAGUAAUGCCACAGUGGGUAAACCGGGCCCUCUCCCCACCAACCUAGAUGAAAUGAAGGUGGCAGAGCUGAAGCAAGAAUUGAAGAUGAGGGCGCUGCCUGUCUCAGGCACCAAGACGGACCUGAUUGAGCGGCUCAGAGCUUACCAAGAGCAGAAUGGCAGCCAAACAGCCAGCAAUCCCAAGCCCAGUGCAACAGCCAUCCUCCCAAAAGCUGCUGAGGUGGUGGUAGCCUUCCCAGCUGCUAGACUGAGCACUGGGCCGGCCCUGGUCACUACUGGCAUUGCACCAACAGAGGUAGUUGUGGCCACCGUCACCAGCAAUGGCAUGAUGAAGUUUGGGAGCACAGGCUCAACACCACCUGUUUCGCCCACCCCCUCAGAGCGCUCACAGAUGAGCACUGGGGAGGAGAACUCUGCCACUGGAGAUGCCUUUGGAGAGACGGUGACUUCGCCUCUGACCCAGCUUACCCUGCAGGCAUCUCCAGUGCAGUUCCUGAUGAAGGAAGAGAGCUCUAAGGCUACCUCCUGCAGCCUAAAUCCAGCACCCAGGUUGGAGCGGUGCAGCAUCAGCAGCAGCAAGGAUAUGGAGGUCCAGGAUAAAGAUCAGAUGUUGCAGGAGAAGGACAGGCAGAUUGAGGAACUCACCCGAAUGCUGAAACAGAAGCAGCAGCUGGUGGAGAUGCUGAGGCUGCAGCUAGAACAGGAGAAACGGUCUCAGCAGCCACUACUAGCCAUGGAAACCGGAGUAGUCCCUGCCUCUAGUCCAGUGGCUCUUGGCACCCAGAUUAAGAGUGAAAACGGGUUUCCGAGUUGCCAGUCUGCAGGGCUGCCUGAUGGCCAAACGGAUCAAUUCAACCCUGUGUCCACCACUAGCCAAAUGGACACUUCAGAUCCAAGCUCAGUGCCAAAGAAAGCGGUGAUGGUGAAACAGGAGGUGCUGACAGCAGAAACAGAGCCACCAUGCCAGUCCCACACCCCGCAGCUCUUCCUUGGUCAGCAAGGGGGUCCCCUGAGUGACCUCAUCAAGGGGGCCCCUCCCCCUACCCUCAUCACAGAUUCCACAGGGACCCACAUUGUCCUUACAGUGACCAAUCAGAAUGCUGAGAGGCGGGGCCUCUCACCACAGGGGAAUAGCUGCACACCAUUACAGAGAGUACAGUCGUCACCCACUAAACUAUCCAGCCAACCACAGUGUCAGCUACCUGCAAGCAACUCACAGCAGCAGCCUCCCAGGCUACUGAACCAGCCCGUCAGGAAGGCUCAGAAGCCAGGUCUGCAGGUGGUCACUGGGCAGCUGCCCCACACAAUUUUGUCUUUCUCAGCACCUCCAAACCUGCAGCCCUUUUUCCUCAACGGCUUCCACAAAGGAUCUCUGAAAACUGGUGCUCCUAGCAAAGCCAACCAACCCAGUGUGCCGAAAAAGUCGUCCUCACAGCCAGGUUCUCCUGCUGCCACUUCCCCAUCCCAGAUGGACCUUGAGCAGCAGCAGCAGCACCCGUCCCUUUUUGGGACCCCUUCACCUCCUCUCCCUGGCUCCUCGGUGCCGAUGAAAGAACCACCAGGCUAUGAAGAGGCCAUGAAGCAACAGCCAAAGCCUCAUGAGGAGAAUGGCUGUUCGAGCCAACAGAUGGACGACCUGUUUGACAUCCUCAUAGAGAGUGGAGAGAUUUCAGCUGAUUUCAAGGAGCAGCCCUCUCCAGCUGGGAAGGAGACAUCGGUGUCUCCAGCAUGCGCCUCGCCGCCCAACAGCCACCAUUCCUCUGAGCUUCCCCUGCACAUGUCCCUUGGCCAUACCAGCUGCAUUAACCCUGUCCUAGCAGGCCGGCUGGAGGACUUCCUGGAGAGCAGCACUGGCCUCCCCCUUCUGCCAGCAGGCCACGAUGGGCCUGAGCCCUUGUCCCUGAUCGAUGACCUUCACAGUGAGAUGCUGAGCAGCUCAGCCAUUCUGGACCACCCGCCUUCCCCCAUGGACACCUCAGAAUUGCACUUUGCCCAUGAGCCAACUGGGGGACUAGUCCUGGACCUAGCUGAGGGUAACUUGGACAGCAUGGACUGGCUGGAGCUUUCGGGGGGCCCUGUCAUGAGCCUUGCUCCCCUAAGCACUGCAGUCCCCAGCCUCUUCUCCACAGACUUCCUUGAUGGACAUGAUCUACAGCUGCACUGGGAUUCUUGCUUGUAGCUCUCUGAAUGGACACUGAAGGGAAUGGGGGGGAGGGCACAGGCACGGGGCGGGAAGAGGCCCAAUCAACCAAAAAUGAGCCCCUUGCGUGUAAACUCUUCCCCCAGUCGUGACCUCCUGUAGUGAAACUCGUACUGUUGGCAAGGGCUGGCACAGCUGUUAGUGGGUCAUUGUGCUCACUGGGGCUACAAUCAGCGGGUCAGACCAGAGCAGUAACCAUAGCUUUCAGGGGACAGGGGCUGCAGACGUUUUGAAACUGGCGGGUUCCCUGCCUAUGCCCUGGCUCUAAAGCUGAAAUAUCACCGCUGCAGGGUAGGGAGGCCUCCCCUGCUCCUUUGGCUCAACUGGGAACAGCUCAGCUGGGAGCCAGGAGAGGGGUAGGGCAGGGGCCAACCUAAAAGCAAUUGGGAAACAAAGGGGUUCCUGCUGUGCUGGGAGGGCUGAAGGGUGAACGGUCACUGACAGGGAUUCCUCGUGUUAGGCAGCGGCUCAGCUAUUCCUCCCAGCGGCUGUUUAAGGAAGGGGGAGCACUGAGUUAGCCAUGGCCCCGCUCUUCCUGCAGACCAGCGCUGUCACGCCGGUCUCAGUUAUAGGAGAAGCUUCAGGCCAAAGGGACGCUCAAGCAAUAAGCCACCUUCUACCAGGGGCAAUACAAGGGGCAGGUUCGGUUAGGCUCUGCCGUCUGGCUGGAGGAGAGAGAGGUACAUGGGGGAAUGACCAGGCAGCGCACCCCUCACUCGGGGGAGUUCUACAGCCAGAGAUGCUAGUGCCCAAAGAAAUACCCUUUCUCAAGUAGAUCAGGUUGUUGCUUGGUAGGGGCCAUGUACUCAGUCCUUCACACAACCCAGGAUGAGAAACCAGAACAGGGAGAAGGGGAUCAUGACUGGAAACCCAGCCCUCCCAUCCUGCUCUGGGCCAAGGCCAUGAGCAAAGUAGAGUAACUAUUGCCCCAGGAGCGUGCAGGGCACUGCAGUGCAAAACUCAGGCUGUGCUGAGAGCUAGUCAAAGGGGCGCAUGAACUUCCUGCCACACAGGCCUCCAUUUCCCAGCUCUGAGGUGCUGUUACUCGUGGUAGAGCAGGUACCUGCCUAGGAUCCUGGAGGGUCGGGCUUCAGCUUUGUGUGUGUGGCUUUUGGAAGCCGCUGAUCCGGGAUGGGGUGUUGGGUGGGAGGAGGGGGAGGGGGAGGGGGAGGUGGGCCCUCUGCAGCAGAUAUUAUAGUCAUGGCUGCAGCUGAGGAAAGGCUAAGCCUGCUGCUGGGUUCAUAUUGCACAAAAGGAGACUGGCCCAACCUGCAUGACGGUGCUAAAAACCUGCUCUUUCGAUUGGGGCCCCAGCCUCCCGCAGAGCUGGGGGUGGGCCAAGAAUCCCGGCACACAGGCUGCAUCAGGCCCGUUGCUCAUUCUGCCCCUGGGGUUCCUACUCAGCCUGCAGCCCAAGCUCCCUGCUGUCAGGUCAUUAGCACCAGCCUGCUCAAACCCUGCUACGGCUGUGGCUCACUAGGCACAGCUGGGCUGUCUGGGCCUAACAGCUGCCCAGAGCCCGAAGAGGCUGAGUGCUGGAAAAUAGCCAUUGGGUGGCUGGAGCCAGGGGUGAGGCAGCUAUUGAUGUCUUCUCCGUGCGUGAGGCGGCCUUCUGUGCUGUGGGCUAUUAGAGACAAGCAACUUAGGGUGACACUAUUUGGAAGGGUUGGAAAAACAGCUGAUGCAGUGCUUCACAGAAAUGAAGGGGAGAGGGCAAGCCUCAUGCUCAUGUUGCUCUGCAGCAGUGGCAGAUGGUUUAUUGCAGGGCAGGGCUCUGGCACAGGCCCCUCCGGGAGGCGGGAGAGGUGUGGAAGGCUAUUCUCAGGCAUCGCUAAAGCAGAUGCGAAGGCAGGACGGUCUCUGCUGAGCCGUGCCAUGUUCACCCUAGUCCCAGAGGAGUAAAAGGAAAAAAAAAUUUCUUACUAGAAAUUUAACACCCAGUCUCCCUCCCAUCCCCUUUUUGGCCUACCCCUGUAAGCUCCCUAGGCUGCAGCAGGGUGGGGAUUUUAGCUUAGUUUAUGUGACCUAGAAAUGGCCUUCUCAACCCCAAGCGACUUUGGUAAUUAUGGCUGAGUUUGGAAGGGGCUGCUUUCAAGCCUUUAUACGUCUUACUCAUCCUAGUCCCCUUCUAAGCUUGUUCUGUCUCUGGUCAGUGAUGGUCAUUCACCACCUCGUGUGAAAAGUGAACCAGCCAUGCUGUUUGGAGCCUCCCCUCUUCUGCCCUAGACUGGUGCUGAGCCUGUGGGGAGCGGGGACGGUCUGCUGUGUAUGGCUGUGGGCAGAAGGCAGCAUGGCCAACUGGACUCUUAUGGAGAAGCUGGUGGUGGUGCUGCUGCUUUCAGAGGACCAGGGCUGGAGGUACUGGCUUUGAAACAAAAUUUAAUAGGAAAAAGUGAAUUCCCCUCACCCAACUUGUGUGAUGGUAGGACAGACACAGGGUGGGGUAAGCAGUUCCCUUUGCCCCCAGUAGCUGAAUAUGUCAGUGUAUCAACCAGUCUGGCGUCUGUCCCUGGUGUACCUGGGAAGAGCCAUGCCUCAGGGUGGAGGAGGGAGUUUCAUGCUGCUUUCUUGCCUCUUGGUAUCUGCCAUUCAUUAGUAGCUAAGGAAGAAUCUCUGUCUAUGUAUAUACCUCGCUAGCUGUUCUUGGAGGGAAAGUGGGGAGGUGCAGCCACCCUCCUACUCUAUGUCAAGGCAUAAGUGGCAGCUGGGCAUGGUGUACCUGAAUCACCGGGGGGGGAGCAUGUCUUGCAUUGCUGGAGCCCCUUCUGCUUGUUCUGGGAGGAGAGUUGGUAUUUUAAUUCUGUGGUUUGGGGAGGAGAUGGAAUCAGGCCACGGCUUAGCUGUUCUAGUCUUAUUGCACGUGCCCUUCAAAGGAGAUUGCUUCUUUUUACUAUUCUGUGUUUAGCUGGUGUGCACACAAGUCAGUGAAGCUGUGCCCAUCUCCCAUGGUGCAAAGCUGUGCAUUCUUCUCCUUCCCUACUCCAAGGGUGUGCUGGAGAAGCCAUGUGUCCUGAGCAAUAGAGCAGCUGUAUAACGUUCCUGGUUGUUCCCUUCCUCCCCCUCCGGGCAGGAAUGGACUGCUGAAUUGGAGGCUGGAACUGGGCUUCUUUCUUAUGGCCUGGACUGGCCCUAGCUCUAUGCACUAAUUGGGCUGUCUGUUUCUGAUACAAAAUAAUUAGUUUUUGCAUAGGGGGCUCACACCACCAUGGCUGCUGCAUCUGUUCUGCCCAGAACUCUACAUAUCAUGUCACCCUUUGGAGUCUGAGCAAGGUGUCUGGGUACCUGCCCCCCACCCCCACCCCGAAUCACUUACUCAGUGCUCCUGGGGCUAAAGAAAUUGUAUAUGAGGCAGAACAAACCCAUGUCCUAUAAUCCUUGGGACCUGGGCUGGAGGGGCUUCCAGCCUGACCUAAGCUGCUCCAGUAUUGUGUGACAACCAGGCUGUCAGUAUGGCUUUGGAGGCUGCUUUUAUAUGUACCACUGUGAUCCCUGGCCCCACUGGAGCAGAGGCUCGGCUUUUUUUUUUGGGGGGGGGGGUACAAAUAACCUAAAUACAAGAGUUAAUAUCAAGCAGAAAACAAAUGAUCAAAGUGCAAUGUAGGAAGGUGGCAUCAAACCAGUUCCCUGGGUGGGGUGAGGGAGAGGGUGGGUAAACCAAGUCACUCCUCCCCACUCCCCAGGGGACUGCAAAAUCCAGAGGGCUAUUGCUGCAUAGGAAGAGGCCUAAGGCCCUCUGUAAAGUGAGGCUGCGAGGGUGCAGUAGCUGGUACUGAAAUACUAGAGCUGGGUUCCCAUUGCUGGUGGUGCUUCUCAGUGGAGGGUCAGGUGGGGAGGUGGCCUGUUAGAAGCCCUAGGUCCUUGCUGAGAAGCAGGAUCAUCUACUUCUCUGUACUCUUGGAGAUUUUCCUGGGAGACCCUGUUGUGUCUCACAGGGAAAAACAAAAGCCUGAUGUUCUGCCUCUAUCUUGAAUGUAACCCUGAAAAUCUUUCUGCUGUAACCACUACUUGUUGAUAAUGUGUAUUUGAGUAGCAUGCACUCUCCCUUCCACUAUGCAGCACCAGCAAGGGGGGGAUCAGCACAGUCUGAGGCAAUAGGCUCCAGCAUGACCACUCAACUGGAAAAGGACAAGAGUGAAGAGUUAAGGGGUGAGAGAAUGGAUCCUUCCAUUGAAUUAUUUUUUCAGUUAUAAAUACUUGGAAAAAAACAUUUUAUUAAAAAAUAAAGAAAAAACAUGAUCAAAA